AUUUACCCCCAUUUUCACCUAAAUAUCCUUUCGCCACUCUUUGAAAUGGCAUCUAGAUAAUUUCAUAGAGCUCAAGCUAUGGGAGGUAAGGUAACUGAUCAUUCUCAGAUUCGACGGAAAAUAAACCUACUUUUUGCUUCUUCUUUAUUUCCAAUUAUCAUAUUUGCUAAAGAACAAAAAUCGCAGAAAUUAAAAUUUUCCACACCCCCCUAAUAUUUGACUUAAAUAGAUUAAUAUAUUAAAUAGAUGUAUAUAAAGUAAAAACAAAUAAACACACAACCCUAGCAUGUUGAGUCCACUUACCCAUUCCCACUAGCAACGACGCACACCCUCACCAGUCACCCCUAAACCCCUCAUUCUUGACCUGUUCUCCGGCCUGCCGUCACUUCAGCGUUGCAUCCCUUUGUUCUUCUUUGCUGGCUCGGUUCUCUAACUUCUGAGUGCUCUGCUUGUGCUUCUGCUCCAACGCCUCCUUUUAGCGCCUCUGCUCUGCUGCCUCCUCGACUCCGCUGGUCUUUUCAAACUACUGCAUUCUGUCUUUCUGCUAAACCCUAAACCUUAGCCUAGUUUAAUUUUUUUAUCGGCGAAGAAGAGAAAACAUUCUCAACCUCCGAAUCAGAAUCUCUGAUACACUCUGCAUACGUAGAUUAUGGCUCCGGCAACUGCAACAAAGAAGAAAGUUUCGAAGAAGCAGAGCAAUGCAAAGCCACCAAAAGAAGCCAUGAAAAAGAAGAGCAAGCUUUUAACCCCCAAGCAUGAUUCCAGUGCUUCAGAAUCCGAAUAUGAAGAAGAAGAGAUUCUGCAGCAGCCACAGAAUAAAGAUGAAGCACCUGGUGACUUUGACGUUGAUUCGGGUUCUGAAUCGGAGCUAUCUUCCGAUAGUGAUGGUGAUGAUCCCUUAGUUGAUGAUUUCCUCCAAGGAUCUGAUGACGAAGCCGAAGAGAAAGACUCCGCUUCUGAUUCAGGUUCGGGUUUGGAUGUUGACUCGGAUGACUAUGACAUUGAAGAGAAGUCAAGAAUCAUUGAUGAGGAAAGGAAGAAGGAAGAAGAAGAUGCCGAGGCUGAAAUGCAACUCAACAUCAAAGAGGAGUCUGAUGAGUUUAGAUUACCAACCCAAGAGGAACUUGAGGAGGAGAAUCUACGUCCGCCUGAUCUUUCCAAUCUACAGAGGAGGAUUAAAGAGAUUGUUCGUGUUCUUUCAAAUUUUAAGGCCUUGAAGCAAGAAGGGUCAACGAGGAAGGAUUAUGUUGAACAGCUUAAGAAAGAUAUAUGUUCAUACUAUGGCUACAAUGAGUUUCUAAUUGGUGCUUUAGUGGAGAUGUUUCCCGCUGUUGAACUUAUGGAACUAAUUGAAGCCUUUGAAAAGCCCAGGCCCAUUUGUCUGAGGACUAACACUUUGAAGACGCGCAGACGGGAUUUGGCAGAUGUUUUAAUAAAUAGAGGAGUAAAUCUAGAUCCUUUAAGCAAGUGGUCAAAGGUUGGACUUGUUGUGUAUGAUUCUCAAGUACCAAUUGGUGCCACUCCGGAGUAUAUGGCUGGUUUCUACAUGCUUCAAAGUGCAAGCUCUUUUCUACCUGUGAUGGCCUUAGCUCCUCAAGAGAAGGAAAGGGUUGUUGAUAUGGCGGCUGCACCUGGAGGUAAAACGACUUAUGUCGCUGCUCUUAUGAAGAAUACAGGAAUUGUUUUUGCAAAUGAAAUGAAGGUACCGCGGCUUAAGUCACUUACUGCAAACUUGCACCGAAUGGGUGUGUCAAACACUGUAGUCUGCAAUUACGAUGGAAGAGAGCUUCCAAAGGUGUUGGGUGUCAAUGCUGUUGACAGAGUAUUAUUGGAUGCUCCUUGCAGUGGAACUGGGGUUAUAUCCAAGGAUGAAUCGGUUAAAACCUCCAAAAGCUUGGAAGACAUACAGAAAUGCGCGCAUCUGCAGAAGGAACUCAUUCUUGCUGCCAUUGAUAUGGUGGAUGCUAAUUCAAAAUCUGGGGGAUACAUUGUUUAUUCCACUUGUUCGAUCAUGGUUGCCGAGAAUGAAGCAGUUAUUGACUAUGCACUCAAGAAGAGGGAUGUUAAGCUGGUUCCCUGUGGACUUGACUUUGGGCGCCCAGGAUUCAUAAGAUUCAGGGAGCAACGGUUUCACCCUUCUUUAGAAAAGACAAGGCGGUUCUAUCCUCAUGUACACAAUAUGGAUGGGUUCUUUGUUGCAAAGUUGAAAAAAAUGAGCAGCAGAAAGCCAGGUUCAAAACCAUCAGAACCAUCUGAAAAGGAGGAAGAACAAUCCAAGCUUGAGAAGGAAGAAGUGGAGGAUGAGAAGCCGAGUAAUGAUGAUGUUAGAGAAAAUGGCAAAGAAUCUUCUGAAUCUAAAUCCAAAAAGACAAAGAAAAGGAAGUUUCCAUCUAAACCAAUUAACGGCAUAAAAGAAAAUGGGAAAGUAACUUCUGGAUCUGGACUGAUAAAGAGGCAGAAAAGGAAAUUUCCGUCUAAGGAGGAAAUUUCAAAUUCAAGGGAGGAGAAGAGACGCGCGUUGAGAGAAAACAAGCGCAAAACCGGUAAGCGACAGAGCCAAAAAUGAGGAAUGACCAUUGGCAUCAAACUGACUCACACUUAAUGAAAUGGAAGAGCUGUAGUGAUUGCCUGCUAUAAAAAGUCUGUCCUGGAAUCAGUUCUAUGCGGUAAUCACACAGUGCAAUUUUGUUUGGUUUUAGUUAUUUAAGGUAGCAUCUAAACAUAGCUAGAAACCAGAAAAGAAAUGUGUACCUUUUUGAAUUAAUCUUGAGAUUUGAUUCUAAAUACUGUCAUCAUAUCCAUUGUACUGUGCUAGUUAUCCUUUUUAAGACACUAGCCAAAUGUUAUAAUAUUGAUAAUGUUUUCAUAGUUAUACCUUUAAUUUAUGUGUUGGCGA